AUGACGGGGUCAUUAGCUGUGGAAGCCAGUGAACGAACGCCUCUUCUGCGGCCACGGCGCAGUGUCGAAUCUCUGAAAGAUGUUACUACUAUUUCGACUAGAGAGCUAAGCAGAAAUGGAGAAGACAUCCCGCACAGAAAAGCCGCCGUCGACGAAGAAGCACCACCAGAGCGCGACGCCGACGCCGCACCCACAGAACCCAAUGCCUCCAUCACUCGCAUCAUCUCCGUCCUCCUAAUCGGCGGCUUCAUCUCCAACGCCGACGGCUCCCUUCUCCUCGCCACCCACCCCGUCAUCGCCUCCGAAUUCAACGCCCUCGAUGCCUCGACCUGGCUCCUUACCAGUUUUUCGCUGGCGUCGUCGGCAACGCAGCCACUGUAUGGAAAGUUGAGCGAUAUCUAUGGGCGGAGAACGCUCUUGGUGGUUGCUUAUGCUUUGUUCGCUGUCGGAUUAGUGCUCGUCGGCCUAGGCACACGAAUGUCCCAUCUCAUCCUCGGACGCAUCAUCUCGGGCAUGGGCGCCUCGGGCAUGACCGUCCUCGUCUCCAUCGUCAUAACUGAUCUCCUGCCGUUGCGAGACGUAGCGUCCUGGCGCUCGUACGUCAACAUUGUUUCCACGACCGGACGCAGUAUUGGCGGUCCGUUGGGGGGUGGGUUGACUGACACUGUGGGUUGGCGGUGGUCCUUCCUCCUCCAACUCCCCUUCGCACUCCUCGGCAUCUUCCUCAUCCUCCUCACUCUCCCCUCCGACACCACCCACAACGCCUCACUAGACCCAGACCCAGAACCCAAAUCCCAAAGCAAACUCGCCCGCAUCGACUUCGUAGGCGCCACCCUCAUGACGCUUACCAUUCUCUCCUUCCUCUUCCCCCUGGAACUCGGCGGCGUCAAGGUGCCGUGGUCGCACCCGUUGAUUCCCGGGCUAGUGGGCGGAGGGUGCGUUUUUGGAGGGCUGUUCCUGGUGAGCCAGGCGUGGUGGGCGAGGGAACCGAUUUUUCCGGUGGAGUUGUUGAGGGUUGGGGAUUUUGUGAGGAGUGUGGUUGUUAUGGCGUGUUUGAUUGCGGGGCAGAUGGGGAUGAUGUCCGCCGUGCCCCUUUACUUCCAAAUCACGGCCCACGCCUCCAACAGCGUAGCAGGCGCGCACCUCGUCCCCGCUGUGGUAGGCAACGCCAUUGGCGGCGUCCUAGCCGGCGCGGUGAUAAAGCGGACCGGAAACUACAAACCCCCGAUCCUCCUCUCCACCCUCUCCGCCUCCCUCUCCUACCUCCUCCUCCUCCUCCGCUGGCACGGCUCUACCUCCUUCCUCGAAUCCCUGUACAUCAUCCCCGGCGGAUUCGGCUCCGGCAUCGCGCAAUCCGCCCUCUUCAUCAGCGUGCAAGCAGCCAUUCCGAACCAGUACAUGGCCGUAGCGGCGUCGGCGUUGUAUCUGAGCGCGAGCGUGGGGAUGAUGGCGGGGAUGGCAGGGGCGGCGGCUGUGUUGCAGGGUGUGGUGAGGGGGAGUUUGGGGAGGCGGUUGGGGGAGGGUGGGUUGGGGUUGGGGAUGGGAGAGAUUGUCGACAAGGCUACUUCGGACGUGCGGUUUAUUGACCAUGCGACGCCGCGGAUUGCGGCUUUGGUGGUUAAGGCUUAUGUGGAGGCGUUGGCGUGGACGCAUGGUAUGCUUCUCCUCGUUCCAGCUCUAACGGCAGCUUGA